CUCUCCCCACUCUCAUAGCAAAAACCAAAACCACAAACCUCAACAUUUCUAGGGUUCCGAUCCAACCACCGACCCUAAAUCUCUCCAAAAUUGAACGGCUAUUAGAGCCCCCAGCCGUCCGGCGACUUGAGGUAUGUACAUCAAGGAAGUAACCUUGGAAGGUUUCAAGUCCUACGCGACGCGGACGGUGGUGCCAGGAUUCGACCCGCUUUUCAACGCCAUAACUGGGCUAAACGGGUCGGGUAAGUCCAACAUUCUCGACUCGAUCUGCUUCGUCCUUGGCAUCACCAACUUACAGCAAGUCAGGGCCGCCAAUCUGCAGGAGCUUGUGUACAAGCAAGGCCAGGCCGGAAUCACUAAGGCCACCGUCUCCAUCGUCUUUGACAAUUCCGACCCGGCUCGCAGUCCUCUCGGGUAUGACGCCCAUUCUGAACUCACCGUCACGCGGCAGAUUGUGGUAGGUGGGAGGAACAAGUACUUGAUCAAUGGGAAGCUUGCGCAGCCAAUUCAGGUUCAGAAUCUUUUCCAUUCGGUGCAGCUCAACGUGAACAAUCCGCAUUUUCUGAUUAUGCAAGGCCGGAUUACCAAGGUGUUGAAUAUGAAACCGCCGGAGAUUUUGUCUAUGCUUGAAGAGGCGGCCGGGACGAGAAUGUAUGAGACCAAAAAGGAAGCGGCUCUUAAGACACUUGAGAAGAAGCAGAGUAAGGUUGAUGAGAUAAAUAAGCUCCUUGACCAUGAGAUACUGCCUGCGUUGGACAAGUUGAGGAGAGAAAGGACGCAGUAUAUGCAAUGGGCCAAUGGCAAUGCUGACUUGGAUCGGCUUAAAAGGUUUUGCAUUGCGUAUGAAUAUGUGCAAGCAGAAAGGUUUAGGGACAGUGCAGUCUCUGAGGUGGAACAAGUGAAGGCUAAAAUUUCUGAGGUUGAUGAUCAUACCAGAAAGAUGCAGGCUGCAAUACUGGAAAUGAAGACACAAGUAUCCAAGUUGACUGCUGAAAAGGAGGCUAGUAUGGGUGGAGAAGUAAAAACUCUAUCCAACCAAGUAGAUGCGUUUUCUCAGGAUUUAGUGAGGGAAGUGUCCGUACUGGAUAAUAUGAAGGACAAUCUUGAUACGGAAAGUGAAAAUGCUAAAAAGAUGGCUAACAACAUUGAAGAAAUGAAACAGUCUCUUAAAGAUAGGGACUGUGCUAUAAGAAAUGCCGAAGAAGGAGCUGCUGAUUUGAAAAAGAGAGUGGAGGAGCUUUCUCAUAGUCUGAACGAGUAUGAGUCACAGUACCAGGGUGUAAUUGCUGGCAAGAGUAGUGGAAAUGAGGAGAAAUGCCUUGAAGAUCAAUUGGGCGAUGCAAAAAGAGCUGUAGGGAGUGCCGAAACAGAAUUGGAACAGUUGAAAACGAAAAUUCGUCACUGCGAAAAGGAGUUGAAAGAGAAAAACUCUCAACUAAUGUCAAAGCGUGAAGAAGCUGUUGCUGUCGAGAGUGAGCUGAAAGCUAGGAAAACAAGUUUGGAAAAUGUAAAAGCUGCACUGGAGUCUCUUCCAUAUAAGGAAGGCCAGAUAGAAGCAUUGCAAAAGGACCAAUCAUCUGAGUUGGAGUGUGUGCAGAAGUUGAAGGAUGAAAUGCGUAAUCUUUCAGGCCAAUUGGGAAACGUUGACUUUUCUUUUAGAGAUCCUGUGAACAACUUUGAUAGGUCUAAGGUCAAAGGUGUAGUUGCAAAACUUAUUAAAGUGAAGGAUAGCACCACAAUGACUGCCUUAGAGGUCACUGCCGGUGGAAAGUUGUUUAAUGUUGUUGUAGAUACAGAAAGUACUGGAAAACAACUUCUUCAGAAUGGUAAUCUUCGAAGAAGAGUGACAAUCAUACCCUUGAACAAAAUUCAAGCACACACAGUUGCUCCUAGGGUUCAAAACGCUGCUGCAAAAUUGGUUGGCAAGGAAAACGCAGAACUUGCACUUUCUUUGGUUGGGUAUGAUGAGCAACUGAGGAGUGCUAUGGAAUAUAUCUUCGGUUCAACCUUUGUGUGCAAGACUAUUGAUGCUGCAAAGGAGGUUGCUUUUAACAAGGAAGUUCGGACCCGUAGUGUGACUCUUGAAGGUGAUAUCUUUCAGCCCAGUGGUCUUUUGACUGGUGGAAGCCGCAAGGGUGGGGGUGAUCUGUUAAGGCAGCUUCAUGAGCUGGCUGAGGCUGAGUUAAAACUUUUGGAGCAUCAGAAAAAAUUGACUGAAAUUGAAGCUAAGAUAAGAGAGAUUCAGCCUCUUCACAAGAAGUUCAUGGAGCUUAAAGCACAGUUAGAACUUAAAUUAUAUGACCUUGAAUUGUUUCAGGGCAGAGCUGCGCAAAAUGAGCAUCAUAAGCUUGGUGAAUUAGUAAAGAGGAUUGAACAAGAGCUACACGAAGCAAAUUCUGCAGCCAAAGAAAAGAAACUUCUGCAUGAAGAUUGUAUGAAAAAAGUGUCGUCUCUUGAAAAAUCAAUCAAAGACCAUGACAACAGUCGGGAGGGAAGGCUGAAAGAUUUGGAAAAGAAGAUAAAGGAGACAAAAGCUCAUCUCCAGUCAGCUCUAAAGGAUCUCAAGGGACAUGAAAAUGAAAAGGAGAAGCUUAUAAUGGAAAAGGAUGUUGUUUUAAAAGAGCUUGCAUCUUUGGAAACACAAUUGUCUUCUCUUAAGGUGCAAAUUGAUGGACUCAUUUCAGAAGUUGAAGAACAGAAAGAGAAGGUAAAUUCCACAAAAAAUAAGCAUGAUUUUGCAAAAUCCCAGCUUGAUUCAAUUCGUAUGAAGAUGAAGGAGUGUGAUUCCCAAAUUAAUGGCAUUGAAUCUGAUCAGCAAAGACUUCAAGAUAAACUUCAUGAGACAAAUCUUGAACGGAAGAGGAUGGAAAAUGAGGUCAAACGAAUGGAAAUGGAGCAGAAAGACUGCUGUACUAAAGUAGACAAGUUAAUAGAGAGGCAUGCCUGGAUAACUUCGGAGAAACAGCUAUUCGGAAAAACUGGGACUGAUUAUGAUUUCGCCAUGCGGGAUCCUUGCAAGGCAAGGGAGGAACUAGAUAAACUGCAAGCUCAACAAUCUGGCCUUGAGAAAAGAGUGAAUAAAAAAGUUAUGGCAAUGUUUGAGAAAGCAGAAGACGAGUACAAUGACCUAAUCUCUAAGAAGAACAUCAUUGAGAAUGACAAGUCGAAGAUCAAGAUGGUGAUUGAAGAGCUAGAUGAGAAAAAGAAGGAAACAUUGAACAAUACUUGGGUCAAAGUUAACAAAGACUUUGGGUCUAUCUUUUCUACCCUUUUACCGGGCACGAUGGGAAAGCUUGAACCUCCUGAAGGGUGUAGCUUCCUAGAUGGCCUUGAGGUGCGAGUUGCAUUUGGGGGUGUUUGGAAACAGUCCUUGUCAGAACUGAGUGGAGGUCAGCGUUCCCUGCUGGCACUUUCUCUUAUCCUGGCCUUGCUUCUCUUCAAACCAGCUCCUCUGUAUAUACUGGAUGAGGUGGAUGCUGCUCUUGAUCUAAGUCACACCCAGAAUAUUGGAAGAAUGAUCAAAAGUCAUUUCCCACAGUCCCAGUUCAUAGUGGUUUCACUGAAAGAAGGCAUGUUCAAUAAUGCUAAUGUCCUUUUCCGGACAAAAUUUGUGGAUGGAGUUUCAACUGUUCAAAGGACCGUUGCUAAGCAAAACAAAUGAUGCUGAUGUUUUAUGUUACUAUGGGGAAUGAUCCUUUCCAGUGAAGCGUGUUCGUUUUCACCGUAUGUAUGAGAACCUUCUUGUUGUCUACAUGUGUGUUAUAUUCAUUCCCAUGGUGGUGGCAUUCUAAUGCUGUGUCUGUUUUGAUUGAGCCUGUACUCAACUUGUAUUCUAAAACGUUGAAUAUGUAAGCCAAAUUUGUUCAUGUUUUAGAUCUUCGAAUUAUUCCAUUCUGGUCUCUAGAAUGAUAGGAAGAACAUGAGAAAAUCUCUUCUUCUUUGUGGCAGUGCUCAGAAUUCAUG